AGUACUCACUGUACGAUAUACACGAUAAGCCCGAAAUUAAGGAAAGUACGAAAGCCCGAUCUGUUGUUUCCAGACAGACAUAGAUGGAGAUUGCUUAAGAGUGACGUGGAGUAAGGAUCACCGUCCAAGCAUAAUCGCAUUGAUCCAACAUAACAAUUUCCAGUUCGAGGACUUACACCACCAUAGUAUUAGUAGCACGUGACCAGAUAGCCGAAGAAGGAGGAGGAGGAGGAUAGGAUGAUGAAUGUGGUGAGUGCGCUAAUGGUGACUCGGAUGUUGACUCGGGACCACUCAGUCCCUGUCCUUGGCAACGAAGGCAUAUCCUUUGGAUCGGUGUGGUGGUUCGUGUAUGCGGGAAUCUCGUGUUUCCUCGUCCUCUUUGCUGGAAUCAUGUCCGGUCUCACACUUGGUCUCAUGUCUCUUGGCCUCGUCGACCUCGAGAUUCUUCAGCGCAGUGGUUCUCCUUCUGAGAAAACGCAAGCUGCCAUCAUACUUCCGGUGGUUCAAAAACAACACCAGCUUCUUGUGACUCUGCUUCUGUGUAAUGCUGCUGCCAUGGAGGCUCUUCCAAUUUACCUAGAUAAACUAUUCAAUCAAUUUGUUGCAAUCAUUCUCUCUGUAACUUUCGUUCUGUUUUUUGGGGAGGUUAUUCCACAAGCAAUUUGUAGCAGAUACGGACUUGCUGUAGGUGCCAACUUUGCAUGGCUUGUGCGAAUUUUAAUGAUUAUUUGCUACCCAGUUUCUUAUCCAGUUGGAAAGGUUCUUGAUUACCUAUUGGGGCAUAAUGAGGCUUUAUUUAGGCGAGCUCAGUUAAAAGCUCUUGUCUCCAUUCACAGUAAGGAGGCUGGGAAAGGUGGUGAGCUUACACAUGAUGAGACAACAAUUAUCAGUGGAGCACUCGAUUUGACAGAAAAGACUGCUGAGGAGGCUAUGACUCCUAUUGAAUCAACAUUUUCUUUGGAUGUUAAUUCAAAAUUUGACUGGGAAGCAAUGGGAAAAAUUCUUGCUCGUGGGCACAGCCGAGUUCCUGUCUAUUCUGGAAAUCCAAAGAAUAUUAUUGGCCUUCUGCUGGUGAAAAGUCUUCUCACUGUACGACCUGAGACAGAGACCCCUGUCAGUGCUGUAUCCAUCCGGAGAAUUCCACGGGUUCCAUCAGAUAUGCCUCUGUAUGAUAUACUGAAUGAGUUCCAAAAGGGCAGUAGUCAUAUGGCUGCUGUUGUUAAUGCUAGGGGAAAAGGCAAAGAAACUCCACAAAUAAUUGAUGAAGAGAAAUAUGGAGAAAACAAUAGUAUUGGUGAGGAUUCACAGUUGACUACUCCGUUGCUACAGAAGCAAAAUGUGAAAUCAGGAAGUGUUGUUGUUGACAUUGACAAGCCUUCAAGGCCUCCCUCCGUUAAUAAGCCAACUGGUUUGCAAAGUAGUGAUAACACAAUAAAUGGUACCUCUUCAGAAAAUAUUGAAGAUGGUGAAGUGAUUGGUAUUAUCACUUUGGAAGAUGUAUUUGAAGAACUUCUGCAAGAAGAAAUUGUGGACGAGACAGAUGAAUAUGUUGAUGUUCAUAAGAGAAUACGUGUUGCUGCAGCUGCAGCUGCUUCCUCAGUGGCCCGAGCUCCAUCAACCCGAAGGUUGACUGGCCAAAAGGGAGCAGUAAGUGAUUUGUUUUUAUCCAUUUGUUAUGGUUUUAAUAUGUUGGGGUUUCAAUUGCAAGGUAUGGGACUUGGAGUCCCACAUUGGUUGUAUGGGCAACUAAUGUGGAGUUUAUAAGGCCUUGGGCACUCUUACCCUUUGAGUUAGCUUUUGGGGUGGUGCAUCUCAAGGUCUCAUCAAAUGGUAUCAGAGCAUCCAUUACGUGGAGUUGUGCGUGGCGGCACGCACUAGGGAAGCGUGGUGGAAUGUUGGGGUUCCAAUUGCAAGGUAUGGGACUUGUGCUUGGGCACUCCCACCCUUUGAGCUAGCUUGUGGGGUGGUGCAUCCCAAGGUCUCAUCAUAAUAUCUGUUUCUUGUCUGCCAUAGUUGCUAAAUGAAAUCAAUCUUUUUCUUUCCUCUUGAGUUGAGAAAAAGAUUCUUUUUAGGGGUUCAGUUCCUGAAUUUUCAUUUUUCUUCGCACGGUCUAUAUAUUUCUCACAUAAUUCUAGAUGAUUUGAAUGGCAUUGUAUAAGUUUAAGGACAUGGUUUGAAUGGAUUUAUAUAGUAGUCUAAGUAUUAUCUCUUCUUCCACUAAAAGCUUCAAGUAUAAAGUAGUGGACAGCAUUUUUUGAAAAUUUAACACUGUAUGGGAUUUGAUGAUGGGAAUUCAAACCUGUUAUGAUAACUCAAAACAUUAUAUUGCAGAAAGACAUUACUUGUCUCAUAAUCUUUUUUCAUUUAAGAGUAAAUUUAUUCAAGCAUAAACUUCUAAUCUUAUCAGCUUCUCAUUUUUUGAAUGGAGGAUAUUAUUAGUGAUCCAUGCCUCCAUAUCUUUGGGAGUUGGGACUGACUCUUUUGUAUUUUUUUCUAACUUUAUUGUGAAAAAGAUGUAUUAAUUCUCAGUAUUCACUAUUCAAUAUAUUAUCAAAAUGAAAGGACAAGUGGAUUGUUUGGUUAUGUUUCUAUUUUGUGAUAAAAUGCAUAGUAGUUUAAAUGCUGAAUUAAUUAAUAUUUCUUUUUCUUUUUUUUACUUUGAAUUCAAUAAUUAACCGCUUUUAUUCAAUGCAACUCCUAGUAAUGGUUCCUCCUCCUUUACCAAGAUCAAGGUUGAUUGGAUAUUUAUAACAUAGUUCCAUACUUUCUUGGUGUACGAAUGAGUCCUGACCAAUGAAAAUAAACAAUCUUUUCAUCAUUUAUAUAUAUUGUUGAAUAUUGGAACAAGCACCAUGGAAGAUAGUGAAAGCUGUCCUCUAUGUAAUGGGAGUAUGAAGAAGGAACUGGUCCUUUCUUGUCAUGAAAUUAGGUUUGAUCAAUUCUCUCUGCAUCAUAUAUCCAUUUUCAAUUUAAACAAGUCUGCUGUGGAGUGAUACAUGAUACUAUAUGAGAUAUGACUCAUGAGUAGCAUUAGGAUGCGGUCUGCACCUCUUAGGCCCUUCUGUAAUUCUAAUAAUUUAAACUUAGUUUCUUUAAAGGAUAUGAGAAGAGUUAUGGAUAUCUCAACCAAAGAUUCAAAAUUUCUUAGCCAGAAAUUUUUUUGGCUUUGAGAAUGAUUUAACUUUUGUUGCUUCCAGCAUGUAUGUUCAUUAUUUUUGUAUUUCUGGUCUUGUUAUUAACCAUCCAGGGAGGCCAAAGUAAGCCAGGGCAAACUCCGAAGAAAUCUGCAGAGGAGGAUGGAUAGAAUCCUACAAGGAAACAAGGAACUUUGUUUUAGCCUAUCGGGAUAAUGAGACUUUAAUAUUGACGGAUUGCUUUUUGGGUCAGCAAUAUGAUGUUAAAAAAGAAUCACAUGAGAGUGUUUUAGUCAUUUGAUCUUAUAAUGUAUAUUAAUCUAGUAACUUUCUUUUUUGGAAGGGCCAUAAACGCAUGUUUUGCUUUUUAUUCUAGUGGAAGCU